ACGGGAGCGGCUGCAAACAGCGCUGCGCUGGGGUUAUCGGGGUCCCGCACCUGGGGGCGGCUCCUGCCAGCCCCGUCCCGCUGUGGGGAGAGCUGUGGCUGUGUGCCCGGCCCUUAUCCGGCCCUCCGCAGCCCCUCCGUGUGCCGCGGGUCAAGGCCGGCCCGGGGCCCCGCGUCACCGUCCCGGGGGUGUCGCAAGAGCCUCGGCGGGGGCACCGGGGAGGGGUCGCUCCCUCGGGGCGGCACUCGCGCUUUCGAGCGCUGCUUUUGUGCUCGGGGGGCAGCCCCGCGGGCGGGGGUCGCGGUGUCCCCCAGACCCCGGGGGCUCCAUCCUCCCGCUCUCCCCGGGGCGGCUCCGCGGUGCCCGGCGGGGCUGCUCCCGGUCCCUGACCCCGGUUAAUGAUUCGCCGCCGGGCGCUGCCCGCUGCCAGCGGCGCCGCUGGGCAAACAGCAGCCCGGGGCGGCGGGGGCAGCACCGGGAGCCCCAGCCCCGCUCGGGGGGCGCGGGGAGCGCUCCCCGUGUGCGGGGAACGGGCGGGAGGAGGUGUCGGAGCCCCGGGGGGAGCUCGGGGGUGGCUGUCCCGUUCGGGGGUGACUGUCCCGUUCGGGGGUGGCUGUCCCGUCCGGGGGUCACCGGCCCGGGGUGCCCCGGCUCCGUGCAGCCCGAGGCGGGGCCGGGGGGCGGUUCCGCGGGGCCCCGUUAAAGCGGCGGCGGCCGGCGGCGGCCGGAGGCGGUGGCGAUGGGCAGCGAGGGCCAGCGGGGCCCGGCGGCGGCCCGGGGCCCGGGGCACGGCGACCCCCGGGCCCUGCGGAGGGACUGCCAGCACCGGAUCUUCGUCAACCGGAGCCUGGCGCUGGAGAAGAUCAAGUGCUUUGGCUUUGACAUGGACUACACCUUGGCCAGUGCGUUUUGGGGGGGCCCUAAGGCAGGGUGGGGGUCCCCCAGCCCCUGCCCACAUCCCCCUUUCCCCUGCAGUGUACAAGUCCCCUGACUACGAGGAGCUGGCCUUCGCUCUGCUGCUGGAGCACCUUGUUGCCAUUGGGUACCCUCCUGAGAUCCUUGCCUACAAAUACGACCCCACCUUCCCCACCCGGGGGCUGGUGUUUGAUGCCCUGUACGGGAACCUGCUGAAGGUGGAUUCCCACGGGAACCUGCUGGUCUGUGCCCAUGGCUUCCGCUUCCUCAAGGGAGCCGAAAUCCUCCACUAUUACCCCAACAAGUUCAUCCAGCGGGAUGACAUGAAACGCUUCCACAUCCUCAACACCCUCUUCAACCUCACAGAGGCCCACCUCUACGCCUGCCUCGUGGACUUCUUCACCAACUGCUCCAGAUAUGUCAACUGUGACACCGGCUACAAGCACGGGAACCUCUUCAUGUCCUUCCGCAGCAUGUUCCAGGACGUGCGCGAGGCCAUGGACCACGUCCACCUCUCUGGCUGCCUCAAGGAGAAGACGCUGGAGAACCUGGAGAAAUACGUGGUGAAGGAUCCCCGUGUGCCGCUGCUGCUGAGCCGCAUGAAGGAGGUGGGGAAGGUGUUCCUGGCCACCAACAGUGACUACACCUACACUGACGCCAUCAUGUCCUACCUGUUUGACUUCAGCAAUGAGGACAAGGCUGACGUCCCACGGCGCCCCUGGAGAUCCUAUUUCGACCUGAUUGUGGUGGACACCCGCAAGCCCCUCUUCUUUGCUGAGGGCACCGUCCUGCGCCAAGUGGACACGGACACGGGGAAGCUGCGCAUCGGGACGUACACGGGCCCCCUCCAGCACUGUGCUGUGUACUCCGGUGGCUCCUCAGAUGUGGUGUGUGACCUGCUGGGUGUGAAGGGCAAAGACAUCCUCUACAUGGGGGACCACAUCUUUGGGGACAUCCUCAAGUCCAAGAAGCGGCAGGGCUGGCGCACCUUCCUGGUGGUGCCCGAGCUGGCCCGUGAGCUGCAGGUCUGGACAGAGAAGAGCGAGCUGUUUGAGGAGCUGCGGAGCCUGGAUCUCUUCCUGGCUGAGCUGUACCAGCACUUGGACAGUGGCAGUAGCGAGCGCCCAGACAUCAGCUCCAUCAAGCGUCGGAUCCAGGUGACACCCAGGGCACUGUGCCGCUGGCACACAGCUCAGCUCACCCCCCUGCCACAGCUUCCUCUGUGGAAAGCCCCCAAGGAGCUGCUGAGUGCCCUGACUGUGCUGCUGCACCCACAGAAAGUCACACACGAGAUGGACAUGUGCUACGGGAAGAUGGGCAGCCUGUUCCGCUGUGGCUCACGUCAGACGCUCUUUGCCAACCAGCUGAUGCGCUACGCAGACCUCUACGCUGCCUCCUUCAUCAACUUCCUCUAUUACCCCUUCAGCUACCUCUUCCGGGCACCUCCUGUCCUGAUGGCCCAUGAGUCAACAGUGGAGCACUCUCGCCGGGACUCAGGGGACGUGGCCACUGCCCUUCCUCCCUGGCUGGCCCAGCGUGGUGACCCCCACCAGGUCCCUCAGGACUCAAGUGGGGAGGAGGAAGAUGAUGGAGAAGCCUGAGCACGCCCCAAGUGCUGCCGUGCUGCCCAUGGGAGGAUUCAGUGGCCCUGGACCACUUGCACUCAUGGCCAGCUACCACCUCUGGUGGCCACAGGAUGGCUGGUGGCCCUGACUCAUGGUCCCUGUCACGCCUGUCCCUGGGCAGCUGGGACCUUCUCCUGACUCUGCCCUGAGCCAGGAGAGGCUCCCCCCAAGUCUGCUAGCUCCUGCCCCUUUAAUUCAGAUCUGCCUGGUGCCCCUUUAGCUCAUCGCUCUCCCACCAGCUCAGUGCCAGCCUGGGGGCAUGCAGCAGCAGGGUGAAGAGGCAGUGCCACCGCUGCAGCAUCCCUGGCAGCCCCACUGCAGCAGCUGGGGUCCCAGCAGCUAAAAGCCCCUGUCCCUUUAGCCUCUGGGCCUGGCCAUGAGCACUGCAAUGCUGGGUGGAUGGGGUGGGGCUCUGCAGGUGACACCUGCUCCAGUGGAACCCCCUGCACCUGCUGUUCCUCUUUUUUUCUUUCUACCCUUUUCUAUUUAUAAAAGAGACACAAAACUCCUGGCACCGCAGAGACAUAAAAUUGGUUUUAAAGGAAAACGGCUUUGUCCCUGCACCUGGGAGCUGGGGGAAAGGGCAGUCCCCAAAUCCUUGUCCAGCAGCUGGGGCAAGCACAAGCUGCUAGGGAGAAAGUGGAGCUCCAAGCUAUCCCCAGCUCUGUGGUAAUCACAUAUCCUCUGAGCACAGAGAGACAUAGCCCUCCUAGGAUUCUCCUGGGAAGCUGUGAGAAGCUAUGAGAAAGCUCAGAGAAAGAAUUAAAACAAUGAUCAUCUCAAUCUCUGCCCUUGGCAGGCAAUCUCUGUCAAAGAUGUUUACAAGAAGGAGUUGUCCCUUCUUGACUAGUAGGUACGAGAAGAUUCCUAAAGGCCAAUCAGGUCUUAGGUCCACCAUUGUUUCUAUAAGAAUUGUGGAUUUCUAAUAAUAAAGUGCUUUUUCAUGCCUUCUGG